AUGGCGUCGUCCGCCAACCAUGGCGGUGGUGCCGCCAAGCAGCUCAGGGUGCUGCUGCCUUUCUCCUGCGAAGACAGGCUGCGCAUCCCCGACGAGCUCGCCGAGGAUAUCGGCGCCGGGAAGGCCCUCGUCGUCGGCCCGUGCGGCGUCAAGUCCAGGGCCGUCUGGCCCGUCGGGCUCGGGCGGGACGGCGGCGGCGCGUUCCUGGGGCGCGGGUGGCCCGAGUUCGCCGCCGCGCACGGCGUCGGCGCCGGCUGGCAUCUCGCCCUCCGCCACCGCGGCCGCGGCGUGCUCACCGUCAAGGCGUUCGACAACAGCUGCUGCAUCAGGGACCUCGGCGCUAAACAACCUGCAGCCACAGACUCCAUGGAAAAGAUUCUCAUACCUGCUAAGUUUGUGCAAUACUACAUCACCAAACGGGAACUGAACAACCAUAUGGCUGUUGUGUUCAGUCCCCUUGGAAAAGUUAAUAGCAUUAAGCUCGAGAUGGAUCAGUCAGAUGUGUUCUUUGCUGGUGGCUGGCCACAAUUUCUGGCAUUUCAUGGCAUCACUGAAUCAAAUGCUCUGCUGUUAAGGUAUGAGAGCAACAUGGUGUUUACAGUAAAAGUGUUUGAACCCUAUGGAUGCCAGAGGAAGCCCAAGCACAAGGACAACAUAAUGCAACAAAUAUCAACAUCACCAGAUCUUGAAAAGCGACAGAAAGCACUAUCCGUACCCAUUUGGAAGCGUAAGAGCGAGAAUGAUUUUCCUUGUAGCAAAGUACACAAACCAAAAGGCUUCAUGCCUUCUCUAAAUGAGGCAUCAUUACAGAGGAAUUCUUUCUAA